GCAUUUGGAAAUGCAAAAACAGCACAUAACAAUAACUCCAGUCGUUUUGGGAAGUUCAUUCAAGUCAACUAUUUAGAGAACGGCAUUGUCCGAGGGGCUGUGGUUGAAAAAUACCUGCUGGAAAAGUCUCGUCUGGUUUCUCAAGAAAAAGAUGAAAGGAACUACCAUGUCUUUUACUAUUUGCCGUUUCUGAGGUUAGAGCGUAAAGAAUUUCACCUCAAGCAACCUGAAGAUUAUUUCUACCUCAACCAGCAUAACUUGAAAAUUGAAGAUGGGGAAGAUCUCAAACAUGAAUUUGAGAGACUAAAACAGGCCAUGGAGAUGGUUGGUUUCCUUGCAGCAACAAAGAAACAGAUUUUUUCAAUACUUUCAGCUAUUCUUUACUUGGGCAAUGUCACAUACAAGAAGAAAGCCACAGGUCGGGACGAAGGGUUGGAAGUUGGACCUCCUGAAGUGUUGGACAUUCUUUCUCAGCUGCUGAAAGUUAAACGAGAAAUCCUGGUAGAAGUGCUAACGAAAAGAAAAACUGUGACUGCUAAUGAUAAGCUCAUUUUGCCAUAUAGUCUCAAUGAGGCAAUAACAGCUCGUGAUUCCAUGGCCAAGUCCUUGUACAGUGCUCUGUUUGAUUGGAUCGUUCUCAGAAUCAAUCAUGCACUUCUCAAUAAGAAGGACAUGGAGGAAUCUGUUACAUGUCUGUCCAUUGGUGUGCUUGAUAUUUUUGGAUUUGAAGAUUUUGAAACCAACAGCUUCGAGCAGUUCUGUAUAAAUUAUGCCAAUGAGCAGCUCCAGUAUUAUUUCAAUCAGCACAUUUUCAAAUUGGAACAGGAGGAAUAUAAGAGUGAAGGGAUCACUUGGCACAAUAUUGACUAUACUGAUAAUGUGGCCUGCAUUCACUUAAUCAGCAAGAAGCCCACUGGCCUCUUCUAUCUUCUGGAUGAAGAAAGCAAUUUCCCACAUGCCACCAACCAAACUCUGCUGGCAAAAUUCAAACAGCAGCACGAGGAGAACAAGUUCUUUGUGGGGACCCCAGUGAUGGAACCUGCUUUCAUCAUUCGCCACUUUGCUGGGAAAGUGAAAUACCAGAUCAAGGAUUUCAGGGAGAAGAACAUGGAUUACAUGAGACCAGACAUCGUGGCGCUGCUGCGCGGCAGCGACAGCGCGUACGUGCGGGAGCUGAUCGGGAUGGACCCCGUGGCCGUGUUCCGCUGGGCCGUGCUGCGCGCAGCCGUCAGAGCCAUGGCUGUCUUUGCAGAAUGUGGACGCCAGAGAGCUCAGAAGACUUCAGGAGUGGUACGUCAAGGACCCAGAGUUCCCCUUGGAGAGCUCCAGAGAUCCAACACGCCGGUAGAUAAAACUUAUCGCUGCUCAAUGCUUGAUUUCUCAUUUGAUUGUUCUGAGGAUUUCGCUAUAAAUGCUUUUGAAGACAUCAUUUCUUUUUAUGAAAACAAGAAAGAGAUGCAUGACCAAAUCAUCGCCAGUAUUAAAGGACUGCCCUGGCAGGGUGGUGAUCCCUGCAAGCUGCUUCGGUCGCUCAGUCGCCUGCAACACCCCUCCCACCACACGAAGAGUAGAGGUGCCAAACAAAAGCAGAUCAUUCCCAAGAACUUGCUGGAUUCCAAGUCUCUGAAGCUCAUUGUCAGCAUGACUCUGCACGACCGAACUACAAAGUCCCUUUUGCACUUGCACAAGAAGAAGAAACCCCCCAGCAUAAGUGCCCAGUUCCAGACUUCACUUAAUAAGUUGCUGGAGACUUUGGGUAGAGCUGAGCCGUUCUUCAUCCGCUGCAUCCGCUCCAACGCCGAGAAGAAAGAGAUGCUGUUUGAUGAGAGCUUGGUGCUUCAGCAGUUACGGUACACUGGCAUGCUGGAAACUGUGAGGAUCAGAAGGUCUGGCUACAGUGCCAAAUACACAUUCCAGGAGUUCAUAGACCAAUUUCAGGUGUUACUGCCCAAAAAUGCCAAAGCCUCUAAGGAAGACAUUUGUGCUUAUUUGAAUAAAUUAAAACUGAAUGAAAACUACUAUCAAAUUGGGAAGACCAAGGUUUUCAUGAAAGAGGCUGAAAGGCAGAUACUACAGGAUACACUACACAAAGAAGUGAUGAGGAAAAUCAUCCUCCUUCAGAGCUGGCUGAGGAUGGUUUUGGAAAGGAGACGCUUUCUCCGGGCACAGCAGGCAGCCAUUGUAAUACAGGUAUCUCUUUUCCUACAAAAUCUCUCGUGUAACUCUCCCCACCUUCAAGCAGUUCUCUCUGACACGAGGCAUGUCCCCUCCCAGGCCUACUGGCGUUCCCACCACAUGAGGAUGGCCCUGCAGAGGAACAAUGCUGCCACCACCAUCCAGUCUGCGUGGAGAGGGCACAGGGAGCGCAGCCGCUACCUCCAGCAGAGGAGGAGGGUUUGCCUCCUGCAGGCCCUGCUCAGAGGGCACCUGCAGCGUGACAGAUAUCAGAAAAUGGUUGCAGAGAGGCAGAAAGCUGAAGAAAAGCAGAGAGAAAUGCAGGAAGAUGAAGACAAAGAGGUUGACACGUGCAAGGAUGAGCAGAGUGAACCAGCAACAGCUGAGCUGCCUGUGAAACACGAGUCGGAGCCGGAUCAAGCUGUUGGGGAUAGAGAUCAAGCUCCAAAUGAAGAAGCAGAAAACCAGAGCUCAGGUGAGAAAGUUGUGUUACCCGAGAAGAACGUGAUGGAGAGCUCGGAGAAGGUGCCCAGGAGCCGGGAGAAGAGGGAAUUCCGCCGGCAGAGGGGGCUGGAACACAACGACUUGCAGAACAAGCACGUCCUGUUGUCCUUCGAAGGACCAUCUGCACUGAGUCCUGAGGAACAAACUGCUUCUGAAGUGGCCCUGGAAGUUGUUCCAGUGCCAGAGGAAUCCACAGCACAAGAUCCUGUCCUUCAGGGAAGCAGCGAGGGAGAGAAAAGUCCAAGUGAAGAAAAAGCUCUUUCAGACACAUCACCAUCAAGUGAGACCCAAGAAAGUGGUUCUGUUCCUGACCCACCUGUGUCACAAGUGGGUGAUACAGCAGGUGAUAGAGUGCAAACACAAGGGAAUCAAAGUCACCAAAUAAAAGGCAGCCAAAGCUUUCACUGCCCUGAAAGGCCAACAAAUCUUGCACUGAACCUUCACAACAAGCUGUCUGCUACUGGGAGCUUCCAGAGUCCUGCUGACAGCUGGGCAGAGAAAAACAGACGUCUUGGGCAGAAGGCAACCAAAGAUCUGGACAGUCCCACUUCUUCUGCAAUCCAGAGAUAUGUGGAUGACCCAGAGAAGCUAAAGUACAAGAGAGAGAAGUGGAAAGGCAAGAGACAGUCUGAUGCUGGUCAGAAUGACAUGCUGAGUCAGUCUCUGGAUGAGAGGACACGUGUGGAUAAGUCUCCUCAGGAUCAGCUAGAGAAGAAGGGGAGUUCAGCUUCCUUAAGUGACCUCUCAACACUGGCCCAGACUGUUGCCAUGAAUCAGCAAUCCCCAGAUACAAUAGAAGAAGAAAAAGGCAGCAAGAAAUACCCUGUGCAGAAAAAGCCCAGUGACCACUUACCUACCUCGGACACAGUCGCUCCCGUGCAGCCAUCAAGUCAGCAAGGAGAUGCCAAGUCUGCUUUCAAAAGUCCUUUGCGGAGGCUUCUGGGGAAAAAGCCAGACAAGAAAAUUCCAAAGGAGACUUCUGAUGUGAUUGAGGAAGGAGAUGGCCUUUCCCUAGUAUCUUGUGUCCUCUUUGCAGACACAGGAGGAACCCAGAAAGCUUCAGAAGGCCAGGCAGGGGAGCGGCACGGGAAGGAGAGCAGCAAAGCCAAGAAGAACAGGACCAUAACCAUCAGCAAGGUCUCGAGUGUGUCUCAGAACUGGAGAGCGUCCAUGGCCCGCGAGAUUGCGAACGCCAAUGAGCUCAAACACCUUGAUGAGUUCCUUCUAAACAAGAUCAAUGACUUGCGCUCCCAGAAAUCUGGUGUCGAGUGUUUGUUUUUCGAAGCCACAGAGAAGUUUAGAGGAAACCUCAAGACCAUGUACUCUGCUCCUAAUGGGCAAAUCCACGUUGGCUACAAAGAUCUGGUGGAAAAUUACCAGCUUCUAGUUACAAACCUGGCCAAAAAAAGGGAAGAGAAAGAAGUCAAGCUGGUUUUGAAUCUCUUUCAAUCCCUUCUGGAUGAAUUCAUCAGGGGAUAUACAAAAAAAGAGGAACCUGAGCAGUCCAAGCAAACCAAAGCCCGGAAGAAGAAACGAAAACAAGAUCGUGCAAUCGAAGAACACAAUGGCCAUGUGUUCACAAACUACCAAGUGAGCAUCCGACAGUCGUGUGAGCACUGCUCCUCCUACAUCUGGCCCAUGGAGAAGGCCUGUCUCUGCAGUGUUUGCAAGUUGACUUGUCACAAGAAAUGCAUGUCCAAAAUCCAGAGCAGCUGUACCUCCUGUGAUAAAAAGAGUGAGCAGGACACAGAGCCACGACACUUUGGAGUGUGUGUGAGCUCCCUGACCAGCGAGAGGAACUCGGUCCCUGUGGUCAUGGAGAAGCUGCUGGAGUAUGUGGAGAUGCAUGGGCUGUACACAGAAGGCAUCUACAGGAAAUCUGGAUCAGCAAAUCGUAUGAAGGAGCUGAAACAGCUGCUGCAAGCAGAUCCAAACUCAGUGAAACUGGAGAAUUACCCUAUUCACACCAUUACAGGCAUCCUUAAGCAGUGGUUGAGGGAAUUGCCAGACCCAUUAAUGACAUCAGCACAGUACAGUGAUUUUCUCCGAGCUGUGGAACUACCAGGAAAACAGGAGCAACUCUGUGCCAUUUACAGUGUCCUGGAACAGCUCCCCCAAGCAAACCAUAACACCUUGGAACGACUCAUCUUCCAUCUUGUCAAAGUAGCUUUGAUAGAAGAUGUCAACAGGAUGUCACCCAAUGCUUUGGCCAUCGUGUUUGCUCCGUGCCUCUUGCGCUGUCCCGACACCUCUGACCCUCUAACCAGCAUGAAGGACGUUUCAAAAGCAACCAUGUGUGUAGAGAUGCUGAUAAAGGAGCAGAUAAGGAAGUACAAGAUCAAAAUGGAGGAGAUCAGUCAGCUGGAAGCAGCAGAGAGCAUUGCCUUCCGACGCCUCUCGUUGCUGCGGCAGAACACGCUCUGGCCUGUAAAACUUGGGUUUUCUUCCCCUUACGAGGGGAAGCUGAAUAAAACCUCUCAGGUCAAAGGAAACGACAGUGACACCUCAGAGCUGGACUCAGUGCACGAGGAAGAAGUUUCUGAAGCCAAUACCAGGGAAAAGGAGAUUCUCAUGGGUCGCUUGCAGUCAAUCAAAGAAGAGAAGGAGGACAUCACUUACCGGUUGCCUGAGCUAGACCAGCGAGGCUCCGACGAGGAGAACGUGGACUCGGAGACGUCGGCGAGCACGGAGAGCCUGCUGGAGGACAGGCCAGCCCGGGUGGAUACCGAAGCAAUUAUGGGGUCACCCUGCCGUGCUCAGAGCUGCAAUGUGCCUGCCAAAGACAUUUGCAAAGUGCCUUCUCUCCUGCAAACCUCUUCAAACCUUUCCUCUGCCUCCCUGGCCUCGAGGCGCCGAUGCUCUCUCACGCUGUCCAAGAUGAAGGUGCCCCGUCGAACUCCGGUGAUGCCGACGGCCAAUAUCAAACUUCCUCCCGGGAUGCUCAAACGUGUGGAAUCCCAGGGUGGGAUCUCUGCUGACCAAGAGCCUCAGGAGCCGGUGAGACGGCGGGAGCAGCCGGCGAGACGGACCGACAGCAUCCACUCGGUGUACAUUGCACAGGGCUCUGCGCUGGCCCACGCUCAGGAACUCGCCGACGAAUACGAACCCACAGCAAAAGUCAAACGGAGGUUCUCGGACCCUUAUUCCCACAUUCCCUGUAUGGAGAAGUGA